UUUGACCUUUCGGAAAUUUGGAUCUACAAAGCCGGUGCGCGGUUAGGGGUUUUCAAAACCAAGACCAGGGAGAUUGCCAAUAAACCUUGCUUUGAACCAAUCAAGCCAACGAAUGGCAAUGGAUCGCAGAUGGGAUCUGUGCACAUCGAUCAGGCCAAAAAAAACCGCAGAAUGUUUGCAGAGAUUGCCAAGCUGCAGAUGGUGCCCAGACUGUUGCACAGUUUGGCUGCCAGCUUAGCUUUUGCGACCGAUGAUGAGGACACCAGCUUCGCUGCGGUCAAGGAGCACUUGCUGCAGGGCCGACCUUUCGUGGUCACCGAUGGUGCUCGGGGCUUGCCCAUGGCUGCUUGGGAUUGUGACUUUGUGAGCCGAGAGUUCCCACACUCACGGAUUCGACAAGAGGGCGGUGAAUCAGAGCGGAAUGGCAUCAAAAUGAACAGCAACUGGCAGAGCAACGUGAAGCGAUACCCAGGCUCGGAGAAGUAUCCGCCCGGCGCUCCUCGGAUACGACCCUUCUACUGGGACAUUGCCAAAGCCUAUCAAGAUGAGAGGGAACGGAAGUGGGGAAAGGAGCCAGGAAAAGUGGUGCAACAAAUUGUGAGGAGCAGCAAGGUCCCAUAUUGGCUGCCGCAGCAGAGCUCCACUGAGAUGGGUCACACCUCAGAGAUGUGGUUUCAUCCCAAGGGCGCUGGAGCUCGAGCUCACAUGGAUCCGCAUUGCCGCACCACCGUGUCCUUUUGCUUUUCUGGGGAACGAAAAUGGCGCAUGAUGGUGCCACCAGCUGUGCCACAUCCAGAUGGAUACUUCGAUGGAGAAGUCUACGGGGCCCUGAACGAGGAGCGCCGCUCGGAGUGGCAGCCCACCUUCGAACUUACGGCGCCCAAUGGAUCUGCUGUGGUGGUCUAUCCGGGCAUGGUGCAUGAAACUCUCUCCAUUGGCGAGGAGUGCUCCUCCUCAGUUUCUCAAACCUUUGAGACUCGGCCGAGAUCAGGGAUGCACAUCCCAGAACGCCCUGUCCCUGCUGCCUACUUCCGCGCCUUCUGGCCCCGUUUCGCCCUGGUGGGCGAAGACGUGGGCGGUUGCACAGCGGUGGUGGAGCAACUGGUGGUGCUGCGCUCGGCGGUGCGGGCACGGCCGGCGCCCAAAACGGUGGCGUUGAAGGCAGCCAAACACUUCGCACAUAAGGACAUCAUUCUUCAGGGCUUUCUGCUGAAGGAAUCCAGGUACCUCUCCUUGUGGCGCGCUCGAUGGUUUGUUCUCACCCCCAACAUGUUGUGCAGCUUCAAACGUCAAGGUGAAUAUUCCAAUCCAACAGAAUGCAUCAGCCUGGCUGAGUGCGUUGCGAUGGUUGGGGCGGACCACAUCACUGGCAAGGAGAACUCCUUCGCUGUGAAGACCGUGGAUCGGACAUUUCUGCUGAUCGGGCCGAGUGCGCAGGAACAGCGUAGGUGGCAAGCCCACAUCAGCAAGUUUCUCCUGAUGCAUCGGGCACCCAAGAUCCAAGAAGAGGAGGAGUUGUUUCGCGCCAGUGGCUCUGAAGAUGACCACUUCGAACUCAUCAGCUUCCACGACACGAAUCGGGAUGGCAAGGUGAGCAGCAAAGAACUGAUCGACAGCUGGGUGAUGUUCGCAGUGGCAACGCAUGAGGCACAAAAACAGAAGGAGCCUUGGCCUAUAGGACUAGCCGGGCAUCUUCGACUGCAUAGAGCGAUAGCCAUGUCCGGAGGCUUCAAGGAUUCCUUCACCAAGGAAGACACUAAGGAGGACGUGCUUGGAUAUGACGACACCGCCUUCUACUACUUUGUGGUCUCGGUCUUGACCUGCAUCGCCGUUCCCUGGACCUUGUCCUUUCUGCACAGCUUCCUUCGGCACGGCCACGAUGCGGACAGCGAGUUCCCCAGGAAGAGUAGUGAAGGCACGAAGUUGAAAUACUGUCGGACUGCUGCCAUGGUCGAGAAGGUCGACACCUCUCGAGGCGAAGCAAGACGAUUUACAGCUAGGACUGGACUGGUUUAUUUGAUACAGACGGUGCUGCUGUCGAUCAUUUGGGCCGGAAUCUUCGGAACAAUGACUCAGCUGGGUCAUGAGAAAGAAAUUCAGAAGUUCGAUCCAUUUGAGAUCUUAGAUGUGACACCGCAGUCCAGUGCUUCGCAAAUUAAGCGAGCCUACCGAAAGUUGUCGUUGAAUUAUCAUCCAGACAAGAAUCCGGAUGACCCGCUAGCGGCUUCGCGCUUCAUUCAAAUUACCAAAGCGUACCAGGCUUUGACGGAUGAAAUCUCCAAGAGAAACUGGGAGAAGUUCGGGAAUCCGGACGGCCCUCAAGUCAACAAGGUUGGCAUUGGCCUUCCGAGAUUUCUUCUGGAAAAAGAGAAUCACCUCAUGAUCUUAUGCAGUUUCUUCUUUGUGAUCGUCAUUUUGGUGCCGAUGACCUUCAUUUGCUAUUAUCAGAAUAGCAGAAACUUUGCGGUCAAUGGAGUGAUGAUAGAAACUCUUCAGUUUCUAGGGUUUUACAUCGGCGAGUCGGCGCGCGCCAAGAACGGGCCGGAGCUCCUGGCGGCGUGCGCGGAAAGCCGGUCGAUGGGCACCAAGCCUUGGGACAAUGCCCAUCUGAAGAAACUCGCAGGACAUGUCAUCGAGCAUAAGAAGCGAGUCUUCACCUUCCCAGCAGUGAUGAAGAAUCAAUACCUGGUCUGGGCGCACAUGCAGCGGCGCCACGACCAGAUGUCGCCGGAGCUCAAGAAAGACCUCAACGAGUUGCUGCGACACUCCAUGAAGGUCUCGCAGGCUAUGAUAGAGGUGGCGUGCAUGCGGGAGUGGUUCGGCACAGCUCAGGGCAUGAUCGAAUUCCGAAGAUGUUUGGUGCAAGCAUUGGACAUCAAGUCCUCUCAGCUGUUGCAGAUCCCCCACUUCACGGAGAAACACUUGGAGUUGUGCCGCAACGCUACGCCCCCAGUGACCACCUUGAAGGAGUUCUUGGCACUGGAGCCAGAUCAGCGAAGGAAGAUGACCCAAAUGAGCGACAGCGAGUCGUUAGACGUGGAGUCCCUGUGCUCUUUCAUCGGGGAGACCCGCGUCAAGGCCACCAUCGCCACGGACGAUGAGUCGGAAAUCGUGGUGGGUGACGUGGCCGUGGUCACGGUGAGGCUUUUUAGAAAGCACUUGGAGAAGGGCGAGGCACUAGGACCUGUCCAUGCGCCCCUUUUCCCCGGCGCCAAGUUCGAAGAAUGGUGGUUCUUUCUGGUGGAUUCUGGCGCAAAGGAACGCAUCGUUCAUUUCGAGCGCGUAGUCGAAGUGGAGCGAUGUAUCGAAGAAAAGCUCCGCUUUCAAGUGACCAAAGCGGGAGAAAACAACUUAGUCCUCUACGCCAUGUGUGAUGCAUAUGCAGGGUUAGACCACAAAGUGGAACUGACCUUCCAUGCUCACGCUGAAGAUGAGCUGGUCCGGAAGAUGCCUGUGCAUCAGGAAGAUGAAGAUCUGGAUCUGCAGCCCACCCUCUUCCAGCAGUGGAUGGGCGACCUAAGAGGCGACGAAAGCGAAGAAGAGGCGGGUAGCGGCGAUGAGGUCGAGAAGAGCGGUGCCAGAUAUCGCAAGCGGUUCGCGCAGAAGCACAAGGAAGAAGUUGAAGCUGAACCUGAGGAAGAGUCAGAUGCUUCCUCCAGUGAGUCGGAAUGA